AUGAUUGGAGCCACCAAUCGGAUCUCUUUGGAGAACGAGAGAAUCUGGUCCCUGAUCAUCGUCAAUCGUGUGACCAAGCUCGAGGUACUCGCCCAUUUCUGCUCGACGAUUAUCGGUACGACGAACGAUACGACUCAGGUCUGUGGUUUUGCGCAGAAGCUGAGUCAAUUCCUCUACAAAGCCACGGUUUCCAAUGAACCUCUCAACGUACCGUUGACGGCGUCUGAUUUCGUCCACGUCGGUGGAUGGAGCAAGCAGCCAGGUGUUGAGCAAACGCGAGCCUUGGACCGUGCACGUUUUAUCGACAAUAGAGGCCAAUGCCCCGGUUCUGAACCCACCAACAAUGGUCUCUGUGAGUUCGAGGUCCUGGGCUGCACGGGGGUCGAUGUGCAUAAGGGUGUUUGGAAGCGAGCGGGUUGGCAGCCCAAAAUUCAGCUUGUAGUACGGCAGACAUUUGUGCAAAUAGUUGAGCACAAGUUUGGCAGCACUUGCUUCCUUUUGGCUCAGAUUGUCCAACAAACUAACCACGAGUCGUCUGUUGUCGGAAAACCUGUCAAUGAAAUCAUGCAACGAGAGAUUAUUUGUCGGAAGAGAUCCAGGUCAAUAUCGUCGUUGACAAGAAUCUCCUUCGGGUUGAUUCGGGUAAUGUUGGCCAUCAGAUCCGACAGGGUUGUCUCCAGAACGUUGAACUCGCUCAAACCAACGUCGACCCAGCAAAGACCGAUUUUCUGGCUGGUAGGGUCGACUUUGAACGGGUCAGACGGAAAUUGCACCGAAAGCAAAUAG